CCCUUCCCUGCCAGGCUGCAGUUAAAAUGACAAAACAUAAAUUUGUGCCUUUAAAUGCGUAAUCCAGUUUGGCACGGAGGCACCCAAAUGUUGCAAGACCUUUAGGCAGGCAGCGGAGAAAUUCCCACCCCGUGGAAAGGCAGAGCUUCUUGCAAAGCUGCCUGCCUGAGAUAAGCCGUUCCUCAAACAGGCAAUAGAGGGGGUGUUAUCCUAUCAUCUUAUCUAGGUCAGGAAAAGCCUCGCUUUCCGUGGGUCACUGAGCCUUUUGAAAGCCAGGUGGUGGUAACAUUUCACGGAGAAAGCUAAUUUAGCGCUCUCUCUCGCUCUCUCUCUCUCUCUCCCUGUUUAGGAAGCUGAUUGGAUAAUCUCACUUUCUUUGGAAAGGUUUUUUUAAACUCAGCUGGGUGACUCAUAUCAUGUGAUCCCUGCAAGUUUUAAACUUGCAAAGUGGUGCAACAACUGUAAGGGAAAUUAAGGAGAGAACAUUGACAGCUGACAUGCCUUCCAUGGAUCUUUCGCCUAAACCAGAAGAUUAUAUCUUGCAGGGUCCUGUUUUCAAUCCAAUCGUUCCUUACAUCACCUCCAUCUUUGGCAGCUUGGCGCCUGGGAAAAUGGUUUCCAUCCAGGGAGCAACCCCAGUGGAAGCGGAAAGGUUUCAGGUUGACUUCCAGGCCGGCUCCAGCUUGGCACCACGGGCUGAUAUCGGCCUCCACUUCAACCCCCGGUUCCGUUCGCGUCCCUACACAAUCUGCAACUCUCUAAGCAACGGCCUCUGGAUGGAAGAGGUGAAAUUCCCCCACCUGCCCUUGAAAAGUGGCGACUCUUUCCUACUGCUGUUUCUCUUUGAACAAGAUCAUGUGAAGGUGAGCGUAAAUGGACAGCACUAUCUCCAGUACAUGUUCAGCUUGCCACUGGAGCGAAUGAACACGCUGAGAAUAUCUGGCGAUGUCAUCCUGAGAGCGAUAGCCUUUUUCCCUAAAAAUCCUUUUGAUAUCUACAGAACAGAAUACCCUGUUGCCCCACAUCUGUUCAAGAGCAGAGCCGUUUUGGAUGUCCCCCUUUCCCAACUCCUCCCUGAGAGCCUCAGGCCGAGAGACACAGUGACAGUGAGAGGCUUGGUGCGUCAGGACCCCAAAGAAUUCAGCCUUGGUGACUCUUCCAGGUUCUGCAUCAGCUUGAAGAAAGACCCUUCCCACGUCUCCUUGAGCUUCCGGGUUUGCUUCACGGACCAGACGGUGUCAUGGCGCUCAUUUUCGGACAGAGGCCAGGAGUCCAGGGGGACAGUGGCUGAGGGCUUCCCCUUCCACCCCCAGCGAUACUUUGAGCUGCUCUUCCUCUGCCAAGAAGACCACCUGCAGCUGGCCCUGAAUGGGACCCCCCUUGGCCCUCCAUGCAUCCCUCACCCCGCCACUGACGCCAUCACGGAGCUGGCUGUGGAGGGAGACGUUGUGCUUUACAGCACCCAGAUGCGGUCUUCUCUUCCGAGUUGCAGCGCAGCUGCUUUGAAGAUCCAAAGAUAAGACCUGAGAAAGACAAGCAAACCCACGGACCGUUCCUGGCAUGGACUGCUUCAGAAGAAGCACGUGUCUGAAUGCUCCCCACGCAUAAAAGCUCCCCCAAUCAGCCUAUAGCAUUGCAGAGAUGCCGAGUCUCCAAUCCAUCUCCCUUCUUCUGCUAGCUUUCCAUGGGCGAGGAGUUUCUGGUGUCGGGGGAGCCAUUUCUUUUCAUGGUCUUCUCACACAGACCCACCCACUCACUCGCCAUCUGCCUUAUGAAGUAGCAGGAAGACCAUAUUUUCUCUUUCUGCCCUGAAUGUUGGCUUCCUUGGAGGAACUGCAGGACUUGAAGCUGUUGUUCUCCCCUUCAGGAGAAAAUAUAUGCUGUGACCAUACAUCACCCUGCUGUUUUAAAUCUCUAUAAGCAUGAAUAAAAGCACAUAGUGUAUAC